AUGGUCUCUUUCUUUGCCUCUGCCCUAGCUGUCGGGCUCUCUCUUUUGCAGGCAGUAGGUGCGCAAACCUACAACGAGCUCUACCGACCUCGUUAUCACUUUACACCGGCUAAGAACUGGAUGAAUGAUCCAAACGGUCUUCUAUAUCAUAAUGGCGUUUAUCAUCUUUACUACCAGUAUAAUCCUGGAGGAAACACCUGGGGAGCCAUGUCAUGGGGCCAUGCGACUAGUGAUGAUCUGACCCACUGGAAGCACCAACCCGUUGCCCUGCUUGCGCGUGGAUACCCAGACAACAUCUCUGAGAUGUUCUUCUCUGGUUCUGCUGUUGCCGAUACCGAGAACACGAGUGGGUUUGGUACAAAUGGAACUGUUCCUUUUGUAGCCAUGUAUACCUCCUAUUAUCCCGGGUCACGCAAUCUACCUAGCGGCAAGUCAGUCAACGGCGGACAGCAAGCUCAAUCUAUUGCGUACAGUCUAGACGAAGGCAUAACUUGGACAACCUACGAUGCUGCUAACCCUGUCAUUCUUAACCCGCCAGUAUCGUACGCGGAUCAGUGGCGUGACUUCCGAGACCCAUUUGUAUUCUGGCACCAGCCAACACAGAAAUGGGUCUCAGUUGUCUCGUUAGCCCAACUCCACAAGUUGCUCAUUUAUACUUCGCCUAACCUGAAGGAGUGGACCUACACCAGCGAGUUCGGCCCAAUGAACGCAGUCGGGGGUGUCUGGGAAUGUCCUAGCAUCUUCCCGCUUGCCCUCGAUGGAAACGAAGCCGAGACCAAAUGGGUUGUACAAAUUGGACUCAACCCCGGCGGACCACCUGGAGUUGUCGGCUCAGGAACGCAAUACAUAGUCGGCAAUUUUGAUGGCACGGCAUUCGUUGCGGACCCCAACACUCCGCCCCCGUCUCCAACCUCCACAUCGAUGUCGACAUCUAGUAGUACUGGUACCCAGACGACUGGAGCAAAUGGGGAUGUUACAUUCCAAGAUUUCGAAGGCACUGCCAACUUUGCGUCUCGCGGCUGGGUUGCCACAGGAGGGUUAGUCGGGGCUGCACCGGCCCAGGGGACUCUUCCCGGACAGCAAACCGUCUCUGGAUAUGCUGGGACUCGCCUUGUGAAUACUUUCUUGAACGGAGACUCAACCACGGGGACGCUCACCUCGCCGCCCUUCACAAUCACUCGGCCGCUUAUUAAUUUCCUUAUUGGCGGCGGCAACGCACCAGACGGGGAAUGCAUUAACUUGAAAGUUCAAGGGCAAAGCCAAGCUGCGCGUACUGCCACAGGCCGCAAUGAGGAGAAACUCAUGCCGCAGACUUGGGAUGUUACUGAGUACAUAGGCCAAACUGCCGUCCUGGAGAUCGUGGAUCAGCAAACGGGCGGUUGGGGACAUAUACUCAUUGACGAGAUUACCUUCUCUGGUGAUGCUACCCAGCAACCGCCCAGUAGUGAUGGUGUUUUUGAUUUUAAUGGGACCAGUACUUUCGCGAGUCGUGGAUGGACCGCUACUGGAGAUCUAGUCGGGCAGAGCCCGGCGCAGGGCACGCUUCCGGGACAGCAAGUUGUGACUGGGUAUCGGGGAAACUUUGUGAACACCUUCUACAAUGGCGAUGCGACGACCGGGACUCUGAUUUCGCCCACCUUCACAAUCACCAAGAAAAGCAUCAACUUCCUCAUUGGUGGCGGGAACGCUCCAGGUGUGCAAUGCAUCAACCUCAAGGUCGGCGGCCAGGUUGUCCGCACUGCCACGGGCAGUGAUAGCGAACAGCUUCUGCCAAAGAGCUGGGACGUCAGAGCUCUGAUUGGUCAGAGUGCCGUCAUAGAAAUCAACGAUCUCAGUACGACUGGCUGGGGACAUAUCCUCGUGGAUGAAAUAUCCUUCUCGGAUGCAUCGGCUGAGCCGCGAGGGACCAACUGGAUGGACUGGGGCCCUGACUACUAUGCUGCGGCACCAUUUAAUGGACUUCCCUCUGCAGACCGCACGAACAUUGCCUGGAUGAACAACUGGCAAUAUGCGAGCAAUAUUCCUACCUCUCCAUGGCGCAGCAUGUUGUCCAUUCCUCGGAAACUGUCACUUAAGACCAUCGACGGGUGGCCAACACUCAUCCAGCAACCUGCUGCCAACUGGGCUAAUCUACAGACAGGAACGUAUUCCGAUGCUCUGAGCACUGUGGCUACAGGAAAUCAACCUAUUCCGCUCUCGGGGGAGUCCCUCGAUAUCACAGUGACAUUCUCUGACCGGAACUCGGCGUCUCCAGCUCAGUUCGGCGUCCUGCUCAGAGCAACCUCUGACCUGGCACAGCAGACACGAAUCGGGUACGACUUCGGUACAAAGAGGAUGUUUGUCGAUCGAACCAAGUCUGGAAACGUUGGCUUUGACGGGACAUUCUCCAAUACUUAUUACGCGCCUCUGGCGCCUGGCAGUGACGGCAAGGUCACUCUGCGCAUCCUUCUUGAUUCUUCUUCGGUUGAAGUCUUUGGCGGCCAAGGCGAGGUCACCUUGUCGGCGCAGAUCUUUCCCCAGGACACAGGCGCUGAUGUCCGGCUCUUCUCAACUGGGGGAAGUACAAGUGAGAUCACGAUUAAUGCAAAGCUUCUGGGGUCCGCUUUCGAUCCACCUACCAGCAGCACGACCAGCACGACCAGCACAACUCUCGGCACGACGGUAGGUACGACACUAAGUACGACGGUAAGUACGACUGCCACAAGCAGAAGCACUACCGUCCGCCCAUCCGCUACUGUUCCCGUCGACUUUCGCCCUGUUUUCCACUUCGUGCCAGAGCAAAAUUGGAUGAAUGAACCCAACGGUCUUAUCAAAAUCGGAUCCAUAUGGCACUUAUUCUUCCAACAUAACCCCACUGGAAACUUCUGGGGGAACCUCAGUUGGGGCCAUGCAACCAGCACUGAUCUGGUAUCCUGGACUCACAAUCCAGUUGCAAUCUCCAGUGCGGAUGGAAUACAAGCAUUCACCGGGACCGCGUAUUUCGACCCACAGAAUCUUUCGGGACUGGGAUCGCCAUCAAACCCGCCAUAUCUCGCGUUCUAUACUGGUUACUUCCCCUCGACUGGGGUGCAGGAUCAGCGGCUAGCAUAUAGUGUCGACCAGGGCGUCACAUGGAUCAAAUACCCAGGCAAUCCGAUAAUCUCGAAAACCCAGGAAGAGCCCCAUGAUAUCACCAAGGGUCUGGAAAUCCGGGAUCCGAAAGUCUUUUACCAUACUCCGUCGAGCAGAUGGGUAAUGAUUCUCGCACACGGCGGCCAGAAUAAAGUCACUUUCUGGACAUCGAGCGAUGCAAAAGCUUGGACCUGGAGAAGCGACUUCACUGCCAACAACAUUCCAAACUUACCCGGCGAAAUCAAUGGGUGGGAGGUGCCGGACUUUUUCGAACUCCCGGUCAAAGGGACGACACAGAAGAAAUGGGUUAUGAUCAUCACUCCUGCCACUGGGUCCCCUGCUGGCGGCAAUGGCGUCUUCGCAGUCACGGGCUCUUUCGACGGUGCUGUAUUCACAGCGGACCCCGUUGACCCCAGCGCAUUCUGGCUCGAUUACGGCCGCGACUUCGACGGGGCCCUCAUUUGGGAAAAUGUCCCUGCUUCGGAUGGACGUAGGAUUCUCGCGUCCGUGAUGAAUAGUUACGGUGGACACCCUCCAACAAACACCUGGAAAGGAAUGCUGUCAUUCCCUCGCACACUGGAGCUUCAGCAGUUUAAUGGCAAGCUGCGAUUCCUGCAACUGCCCUUGGAUGAGGUCAACACGUACGCGUGGCCCGUUGCAAAUAUCACGAAUCAAAUUAUUGCCCCUGGACAGACAUUGCUUUCCAACAUCCAUUCCCGGACACUCGAUAUCAAAAUGUCCUUCACCCCUUCCCCUGGUUCUACGCUCUCUCUCUCUGUUCGGAAGGCAGGCUCUCAACAGACUUUCAUCAGGUAUGUGCAGAGUUCUAAACAACUCUCGGUUGAUCGCAAUACCAGCGGGAAUAUCUCGUAUGAUUCCGCAGCUGGUGGUGUCCACACUGCUACUGUGCAGCCUGGUGCGAAUGGGGAGGUACAAUUGCGUGUCUUGGUUGAUGUAUGCUCUCUUGAGGUCUUUGGGGGCCAAGGGGAGGCGGUUAUUUCGAACUUGAUCUUCCCUGACGUGUCCGCUGAUGGUGUGUCUCUGGAGGUGUCUGGGGGAAGUGUGGCAUUGGGGUCGGUGGAGGUGCGGGAGAUCCUCCUUUGA